AGACUGAAACAUAAUUUGAAAAUAGAGGGUUCAGAAACUGUGAAGAAUGUGAAUAGGAAAAGAAAAGUGUCCUCUUUGAGAGAACUCACUGCCAAAUUUAUUCAGAGCAAUAAGUACCCACGACUUGCUCUGAAUGUGUCAUAUGCCAACUGGAGAUUUCCGCAGGCAUUGCAAGAGUGGAAGCAAAAUGCAAGAGUCGAGUUUGGAAUGUUGGUUCCAGAGAUUGAGCCUAGCAAAGGAAUGGAAUGGUUUUACAUUCCAGAAAUGACCAGCGCCAGAGGUCAUAUAGAAGUCAAAAGGAUCGAAAGCCAUCACCUGUUGACCAGACAUCGGUCCGCCAUCUGUAAGGGUGACUUGGGAUUUGCAAAGAGAGAACAUUUUGUGGAGGUGAGCAGAGAAAACACAACACCACUGAAGGCAGGGAUGAUGGAGGAGCAGCUUAACAUGCAGUCAACAGAUUAUGCAAGGAUAACUUUUUCAGCUCCAGUGGAGCAUCAGCUGAGACUCAAGGGACACUCCUCGUCAGCAGAUUUGUGCAGAUAUGUUCGUGAGUGGUUCCAGGCAUGUGAUGACCCAGGGAUAUCAGCUACUGACAGGUGUAGGAUGAAAUAUAGGUACAAGAAAUUCCUUUUGUCCCUGACUGACUUGUCAACCUUCCCUCCAGUGGGUUCACAUGUGAGAGGGUACCCAGUACCUCUCUGGGAGGCAACCAUUGCAUCAGUCGAUGCUGACAUAUUUAUGUAUGCUAUUUGCAAGCGUCGGACCUACAACAACAGGGCUCUGAGCAGUCAGCCAUGCGAAAACCUGUUUUCCUGCCUUGCAACUAUGCCAGGUGCCAGAAAUGGAGUCCCCAGCUGUGUGGAGCUUGAGGUGAACAUGGCCAAAAUUUGUGGGGAAAGCAUUGUAAGGCAAGAUCCAAACAGAGGCUUCGGUGUGAGGUUAUCAAAUGCCCCGGUUUACCCACAAGUACUGUUGGAGAAUGAUACUGGUCCUCUUCCCUUGCUUGUUGAACCUCCUACAUAUAUUCAUUGCAUUCCAAUAAAGGACCACCUAUUUGAUGCCCCAGCCCGGCUUCGUCGUGCAAGGAAACCAAUGCAGGGUAUAUCGAGUCUCCAUGAACCUGGUCGAGGUGCUGUUGGCGUCAGGAGCUACCACAAAGUCAAUGAAAACAAAAUGAAUCCACUAAUAAGAGCUGGACUUUCUGUUGCCCGCUGUGAUGAACAUAUGUCCCAGUGCUGAAUGUGUUACUCUCACCAUGUGUUUUGAUAUUGUGUCAAAUGUAAACCGACCACAUUUUUAUCUACAGCUUAUCAUUUGUUCAUGAAUGAAAUACUUGAAUUUCAUAUAUAUAUGUAAAUAUAUCUUUAUUACAGGUUAUCAUGGGUAAUAGAAACAAAAUUAAAAAUAAAUACAAUCAUUGCAAGUAUUUGUUAGUUCUCUUUGCCAUUAUCACAUAUAGUUUGGCAUGAAAUGCAUGUGGACCCGGUGUUUUUUUAAAUAUCUCUUCAU